AGUCAUUGGUCAUUGUCAAAGAAACCAAACCAUUCCAUUUUCCAUCACAAAACAACACAAAAUGUCUACUUAACAUAAAUUUAAAUAAAAACAAAUAGGAGAACCAGUGUACAAAAUAGAAAUGCAAUACUAAUUCUACCUAAUACAAAUCCAAUUCAUAAAAGCCACAUGCUUCCAUAAAUAUUCGAUUCUUGACUACUUUCACUAUGUUGGGGCGAGUGAUUCGCAUUGCCAGGCCGAGCUGCCUGGUUGUUCCUAAAGCUAACCACCAGAACUACGUCACGUCUGAGAUCCUGGCAAAGAUUGAGAAGGAGUGCGAUAGAUACUGCCUAGUGCCGAGGGUUCCGCCACAUAAGGUGACAGUAAUAGGCGCAGGCAGCGACGUGGGCCGCAUGGCGUGUCUGUUCCUCAAGCAGCAGAAGAUCAUCAAGGUGCUGUCCCUGUUCGACGAAGAGCCGGAACACAACGUGCUGGGCGUCGCUGCGGACCUGGCUCACAUCGACACCAGCACUACGGUGGAAGCCUACCAGGGCAGAAUCUAUUUGCAGGAAGCUCUUUGUGACUCGGACGUGGUGCUAAUAUGCGGCGGGCACUACGUGAUGCCGCCCUGCUGCUGCCUCCUGGACCGCGACCUGUUCUUCCAGAACAUGCAGCACGUGCGCACGGCGGCCAUCGCCUGCGCGCAGUUCUGUCCUCAGGCCGUCAUCGCGAUACAGACACCACCUGUUGACUGCAACUUUGCACUCUGCAUCGAUACCCUAAAACUGGCAAACGUAUACGACAAGCGUAAAGUUCUGGGCGUGAAUGCUAUCAACUCAAUGCGGGCCAAUCAGCUGUUCUGCUCGUUUACGGGAACAGAUCCAUCUACUGCCACCACGCCCGUUGUAGGCGGCACUGGGAGAUGCACCAGAGUGCCUGUCUUCUCUGUGGCCAAAGCUGGAAACUUCCCACAGACUCAAGUGGAAUGCCUGACGCGUCUGGUGCGAGAGGCAGACGACAUCAUCUGCCGGGUGAAGAGCAACAACGAGCAGGGGCAUCUGUCCAUAGGCUUCUCUACCGCACGAUUCGUGCUUAACAUUAUGAAAGGUCUUUUCGAGAGACCUACCUUCAUAGACAGCGCGCUUGUGGAGCAGGAUCAGCCGGGCAAAUGCUACAACAUGCCGAUCUGUGCCACGCCCGUCACCGUCGGCAAGCAUGGCAUAGAGGAGUAUGCUAUACCCACUCUGAAUGAAACUGAAAAACGACUUUUGGAAGACGCGAAAUGCGAUUUGGAAGAUAUGAUAAACCUGGGUAGCUGUUAUGCGAUGGGCAACGAGUACUGCCUUCAUCCGUGCAAGAUAUGCCCUUGCCGCUACUACCCGCCCUGUCCUGUGACCCAACCCUGCAAAAUACCGCCUUGGUUAAACGGCACGCUGCUUCGCAAUGGGCCCGGAUCGCUUAAAGUUGGUUUCAUGAGGUUCAAACACUUGUUCGACAGUGCGGCGCUGUUACAUAGGUUCAGCAUCCAGGAUAGUCGGGUCACAUACCAGUGUCGUUUCUUGCGCUCCAACACGUACAACCGCAACCGCGCCGCGCAACGCAUCGUCGUCACGGAGUUCGGCACGCAGGCCGUGCCAGACCCCUGCCACACCAUAUUCGACAGAGUUGCAGCACUUUUCAAGCCAGGCGACUCGAUAUCCGACAAUGCUAUGAUCUCGCUCUACCCGUUCGGAGACCAAGUGUAUGCUUUUACGGAGGCACCAGUCAUUCAUAGGAUAGAUACAGUGACUUUGGACACAUUGGAAAGGAAGGACCUUAUGGAGUGUGUUGCACUAGUUAACCACACUUCACAUCCGCAUGUGAUGUCCAAUGGUGAUGUGUACAACGUCGGAAUGUCGAUUAUAAAAGGCAGUUUAAGGCACGUUGUUGUAAAAUUUCCCUUCACAGAAAAAGGAGACAUGUUCAAGGAAGCGCACAUAGUCGGCAGCAUGAAGACACGUUGGAUGAUGCAUCCGGCUUACAUGCAUACAUUUGGCAUAACCGAGAAUUACUUUGUGAUAGUGGAGCAACCUCUAUCAGUGUCACUCUACAGAACGUUCCGCAACCAGUUGAGCAACCAGCCACUGGCCUCGAGCCUCAAAUGGUUUCCUCAACAUAAGACUCAUGUGGUCCUUAUAAGUCGGCAUACGGGUAAAGAAGUCAACCGGUAUCAGACAGACACCCUGUUCUUCUUGCACAUCAUCAACUGUUACGAGAGGGAUCGCAGCCUGGUUGUGGAUCUAUGUACUUAUAAAGACGCUAAGGUCCUGGACGCUAUGUACAUUCACGCUAUAGAAUCAAUGCAAAGCAACGCAGACUAUGCGGAGUGGUUCCGCGCUAGACCCAAACGGUUAGAGAUCAGUCUGGACGCGACUCCAUUGACGUAUAUACAGCCGAAACUGCUAGUGGAUUUGGGCUGUGAAACCCCUAGGAUACAUUAUGACUUAUAUAACGGUCGUCCUUACAGAUACUUCUACGCCAUCAGUUCAGAUGUGGAUGCUGAGCAUCCUGGCUUAAUUAUCAAAGUAGACACCAUAUCGGGUGAAGCUAAGACGUGGUGGGAAACGGACUGUUAUCCCAGUGAGCCUGUGUUCGUUCCUCAUCCCGAUGCCAAGGAGGAAGACGAAGGUGUAGUAAUCUGCGCCCUGGUGUUUGGUACAGAUGAAUGCGCAACGGGCCUGCUGGUGCUUGACGCGGCCACACUGACCGAGCUGGCGCGAGCGUGCUUCACUACCCCUUCGCCGGCACCGAAGUGUUUACACGGCUGGUUCUUACCUAGCACCUUGACUUGAAUUGUGCAACCUUUUGCUUUGAGAUUCUAAUGC